AUGCCAUCAACUGGAAAAAUUAUGGGUUCUGUACUACUGCUUGGUUUGGUGAUUUGCCUUUUGGCAGUAUCAGUAAGGGGAAACCCUGACCAGGGACUGAAGAAAGAAAAAUAUGCAAAAGGAAAAUAUAGUAAAAUCUUUGAAGAAAUAACAGGUGCUCCAGAAUUUUGCCAUAAAAGAGCCUGUCCCAAAUACACUCCGGAAUAUGAACUGAGAUAUUAUGAAGAAAGCAAGUGGCUGUCCAUAAACAAGUCUGCAAAUGCUAAUGAUACAAGAAGCCUGUUUAUGACUUUGUUUCGUUACAUCACAGGCAAUAAUUCAGAAAAUCAAACUAUUGCAAUGACCGUUCCUGUUCUAAAGAAAAUACUUCCAAAUGAAAAUAUGGUUCUGUCAUUUUAUAUAACUCAACCAAAUGCCCCAAAACCAAAUGAUCCAAGACUUUAUUUUGAGACUUUUCCAGCACAGAAUGUUUAUGGAAGAGUUUUUGGUGGUUUUGCCAAGAAAAAAGAUAAUGAAGAAAACAAACAGAAAUUGAUUGAUGCCGUUGGUGCAAGCAAAGUUGAAAGUAACUUUUAUUUUGUUGCUUCCUACGAUGCUCCCUGGGUUCAAAAUGAUCGUCAUAAUGAAAUAUGGUUGCUUGCCAAGAACUGA